AUGAUUCAUGAUACUGCUGCUAAUAAUUCUAAAGAAUCAGGAAUAACUACAGGAACCUCAAUUCCUUCUCAUGAAAACCGACCUGGUAACAAUUCUUUACCAUCAUAUCGUAGCGGAGAUUUCUCUAGAACAAUGAAACGAAAAGCAUCUCGAAUCAGUCAUCAUAAAGCUAAACGUGAAAUCAGAAACGCACCAUGGACGCCCGGUGAUGAUUAUUUAUUGAUAAAUUCCAUUGUCAUGGUAUGUAACCUUACAGAAGUGUGUCACACUGUAAGAUUCGCUGUUCAUUUUACGGAGAAAGAAAUUGAACGUCGUUGCGUGAUUUAUUAUUCGAUCCAAUCGUAUCUAGCACUGCGCUGA